UUAGAACGCAAUUCAAAAGAACAGAUCAAGUAUUGGAUAGAGUCACUUUCCCGUUAGAAAUGUUAGUACAUAAAUGAAAUCUGCCUUUAUUUAACUUCAUUUGUGAAUUCUACAUCCGUCGCGCACUGUAACGUCAUUGCGAGACGUCAUCACACUGCCAGUCUGCCACAACUUCCUGUUUGCGUUGUAACUGUCACUAUGGCCGAAUUAAACCGACAACUCCAGGAAUAUUUGGCCCAGUCUAAAAGCGGUGCGAAGACGAUAUCACAGUCCAGCUCCAGCACCACCAUAGACAUAGAUGAGCCCGUGGCGGUGCCGGGGAGCUGGUUCGGUCAGUGGUCGAGUCCGUUCGCUGGCCCCAGCAGUCGUGGAGCUUCAUCGGGCCAGGGAUCGAGCAGCGGGUUCUCCUGGCCGUGGUCAUCAGAACCGGACCCGUGUUUGCCGGGCAUGAGUCGAUCCCAGCGACUAAUCGCGUUCGGGACGUGUAUCAUCUUCUCGGCUCUGUGCUUCGGACUGUCAGCGCUGUACGCUCCUUUGCUCCUGUUGAAGGCGCGCAAGUUCGCCCUUCUCUGGUCGCUCGGCUCCGUGUUCGCCCUGCUCGGUGCGGCCGUCCUCCGUGGACCCAGUAAACUCAUCGCGACUCCCACACCGGGAGCAGCCGUGUAUCUGUGCUCUCUGGUGGGCACCCUGUACGCGGCGUUGAGUCUUCACAGCACGUUGCUGACCGCUCUCGGUGCCUGCCUUCAGAUCACUGCUAUUGUGGGAUAUAUAGUGGCUUUGCUGCCGGGUGGGAGUGCUGGCAUGAGAUUUGUGGGUGGCAUGGCUGCGUCGGCCAUCAAAAGAACUUUGAGCGGCAAGACCAUGCCGAUAUGAGCGCGGAUUUCACUGACUAUGACACACAGAGACUGUAGACGUGGAAAUGUUUGUUUACACUCUUUUAGAGUUACUGGUACUGCCACGUUUGAUUGUAUAGACAAGAACCAAGCAGCAUUCAUAUGGAUGGGGAGACCCAAACUUUGUAAUUUGCACUGUGACAGGGACCACAUACUGAACUAAUACUGACUGUGUGAAUACAUCUAAUGCAAUUAGAAUUCUGAACUUCUUCCCCCUAGAACAUUACCUUUGUAAAUAAACAAUGUGAAGAUUCUGUGCUUACUAAGCUCACUUAAUCAAACCAAGAAUGUGUUGACUGAUCAAGGCAAGGAUGUGACCAAAUAUUCAAUUUUGGGGGACCAAAGGAUACAGUUGAAUCUGUCAUUAAAAGAUUCACAGUGGUAAACCAGUAAACUGAA